AUGGGGAGGAGUACACUUGUACGACGGUACGAUGCUUGCUAGUAGAGGGAGAAUAGUCGUGGUGACAGUCAACUACAGAUUGGGAGUACUAGGUUUUCUGCCCAUCGGGCGACAUAGCAACCUUGGACUGCAGGACUUGGUGGCGGCGCUUCGUUGGGUGAAAGAGAACAUCGUUGGGUUUGGAGGUGACCCAGAGGCGGUUACCCUAGCAGGCCAUGGGAGCGGGGCAGAGUGCGUCCACUGGCUGAUGAUGUCACCGUCCGUUCAGUAUGGUUCUCUGUUCCACCGCGUAAUCAUGAUGUCCGGGGCUGCCCACCCUCCAGUCAGAAACCCCCAGGAGGUCGUCUUCGCCACAGCCCGUCACCUCAACUGUCCUCUGGACCAUCGGCUGACACACUGUCUGCGGGAGACUCCUCUAGAGUCACUGCUGUCUGUACCUGUGGCUGUUUCCACGUUUGCCACACCCUUCGGUCCGGUGGAGGACGGGGUGGUAGUGGUCAGCAGCCAAAACUAUUUCCGAGAAAAGUCUCACCGCAUGAAGAACCACCAUUUGCGUAGGUCUUCUAGAGAAGAAAACUUGACCAGGGGCUCUAAAAAAUACGAUAUGCUAUUCGGUCUGGUCAGGGCAGAGGCGUUAUUCUAUUUCUCAGAGUAUGACCUACUUUUUGGAAUAGAAAAUGAUAAGAAGAUCCAUCUACUUGAAUCUUUUGUCAAUGAAACUUACAGAUAUCACACAGCGGAGAUACUAGCUACUCUAGUCAAUGAGUAUACUAGUUGGGAGCGUCCGGUACAACACCCCGCUAACAUACUACGAGACACAGAGGAAGCUUUGAGCGAUGGCCGUGUGGCAGCGCCACUGGUGCGAGCGGCGGAGGCGCAUUCUGGCGGUAGCUACAUGUACCUCUUCUCCCACCAGACGAGAGCCAGCGACUACUCCAAGCAGUUAGGCAGUAUCCACGGGGAGGAGCUUUGCUACUUGUUCCCCAACUCUGACUUUCUCAGCCGCAACCUAACCAAGGCUGAACUUCAUCUUUCCCAGACCUUCGUCUCGUAUGUGGCCAACUUUGUCAAGACUGGCGAUCCCAACAGAGCAGACCAUCAGAAUCAUUCGAAGCACAGAAGAUCUCACCGAUUGGCCUGGCUACCCUAUGACAAGCUUCACAAGAGGUAUAUGAUGUUAGACACCAGAUCAAAGAUGAAAGACCAUUACAGGGCUCAUCGUCUUUCCUUUUGGCUGAAUUUGGUUCCGCAGUUGCAACAAUCAGAUGAUAAUCAGCUGGAGAACAAUGCCAGCUGA